GAAACUGUUCCGUAGUUUCGAAGAGAUCUAAUGAACUUUUUGACGUCUGAAUAGUUGAAUUUGUCCCGUCUCUUUUUUAGAGAGCUCUUCAGGAGCAGUUUUGAAAUUACAGAGUCUAUACAUAGCGGCUGGAAUUUUUAAGCAGUUUUUAAGGUUGACGGGGAAGGGUCAUUCGAACAGAAGUGGUGGUUGCGGACGUUCGUAUACAGGGGAUAAAUCUGAAGCCUUAAAAUUUCUGAGUACAAGUCCUGAGGAAGUUUUGUGCUCUGCUACAUCCAGUUGCACACGAAAAAAGUCUUCACGAAAGGUUGUGCGCUCUUUGGUCCAGAGGAGGGGAAGAGAUUGUACAUCUGGACACAAAAUCCAGGUACGAUGGAAGAGUUCGCGGAGGGCUGCUAACGGGAACUUCUGCGAGCGUUUGCUGGAAGAACGCGUAAAGGCUUGUGAAGAGAAAUGCAAGGAGAUGGAAGCUGUUGUUGUGGAACUUGGUAGACAUAACCGACAGCUUUCAGAAACUAAUGAGGAACUCACGCAAAUAAUAGACCAGCUUAGUAAAAAAGUCCUUAAUUUCGAUAGCGAUGUGUCGGGUGGAUGGAAAAAACUGAUCCACUUCGCUAUCCCAGUGCCAGCCGAUCUUAAGUAUGAACGACAGUCCCCAACUGAAGUCUUGUUGAAAUGGAGCCACUGUUCUGUUGUGCAGCCGACAGGUUACGGAUUUACAGUGAAUGGUGAUUUUAUUGGAAAAAGCCAUACUUCCUGUAAUCAAACGCUUAUUAGCGACCUUUUGCCCGAUAAAGAGGCUACAAUAAGAAUUCACUGUUACGUCGAUGACAUCGAAGGCGAGCCCUCACUUCCACUGUACAUCCCUCCUUGUAGUGGUAGCUCGGUGCGGGUGUUGGGAAUGGAGAAUGAAGCGAAGAAUAAGGUUGUAUGA